AUGGCGACAACGUCACCCCCUCGUGUCUUUGGCAUUGACUUUGGCGCUACGCGAUGCGUUGUUGCUGAAAACAACGGCGACGUUGUGCUCAACGAGCUCGGGGCCAUGACCACCGCAUCGCUCGUGUCUUUCAAGGGCGAAGAGCGUCUCGUAGGCGAAUCAGCCGUUCUAUCGUCCAGUACAAACCCGCGGAACACGAUCGGCUUCUUGUCUGGACUCGUGGGCAAGCGCCAAUUGACUGACGUGCAGCACCAGAUCGAGCGUCUUCCUGGUCUCCACGCUACUUUUGAGGUAGACGAUGCAGGCCGCGUAGUGGCCAGUGUGGACUAUGGAAAACAAGACGGCAGCAAGACGCAGUUCACUACCGAGCAGCUUACCGGCAUGCUGCUUGCCAAUUUGGUGGCGCAAAUCAAGACACGUGUGCGAGACGAGCCGUUCCAUGUGACACUGGCAGUGCCAUCGGUGUGGGGGGAUGAGGAGAAACGCGCGAUCCGUGUGGCUGCUGCGAUUGCCGGUAUCCCAAGUCUGGCGCUCGUAUCGCGUGAUGCAGCGCUAGCACGCUGCUUUCAUUGUAAACACCCAGUGCAAGCUUCGAGCGCGCCGUCUGGUCCUUCCUCUAGUGACGGAGAUGUGGUGAUGGAGGCUGCAGAGACUGCCCGUUAUAUUGCAAUUGUUGAUAUGGGCCACACCAACACUAGUGUCGCGAUAGUGAAGCUAACGCAUGAGGGAGAGACGCUGUUGGCGACAGAGGCCGAUUUGGAUCUGGGAGCUGAGACGCUAGACCGACGACUAUUUGAGCAUUUCCAGAACGAGGUGCGAGCGAAGCAUGGUCUGGGUGUGGUGCUGCACUCGAAAGAGGGCAAGCGUCUGUUUCAGGCCUGCGACAAGAUCAAGAAGUUGCUGUCUACUAUCGGUGACGCCAACGUGACAGUCGAGAAUCUCGCGCCGGAAGCAGACAUCGGCAUCUCGAUGAGUCGCAAUGUGUUUGAGGAGCUUUGUGCUGCUGAGCGUACACGCAUUGCGGAAUUGUUGCAGAAGGCAUUAGAAGCUGCAAAGGAAAGCGUUGUCAUCGCUGACAUCGCAUCGGUUGAGAUCGUGGGUGGCGGUACUCGAAUUCCGUUUGUACAGGAAGCUAUUCUGUCAGUAUUCCCUAUCGAACAGCAGCGUAAUGGUGCGCUGAUCGGUCGUAUGCUGGAUUCGACGACUGCUAUUGCUUUAGGUGCGGCUUUUUCGAGCGAGGCGGUCGCUGCAGAAGAGAUGGCUGUAGUGGAAGCUGACGAGGAUGCUGCAGUACUUGCCCAGUAUAUCGCUUUGGAAAAGGAGUUCCAGACUCGUGAUGCAGAGCUGAUAGCCAUUGCUCACGAACGCAAUGCGAUCGAGUCUUUCGUGUACGAGAUGCGCUCGAAAAGCGGCGGCAAGCAUGGAGACAAGCUUGACGCAUCCAAGCUCAACCCGUUGCUAGAGGCAGCCGAGGAUUGGAUUUACUCCGAGGAAGCCGAAACUGCUACGCUUGACGUUAUUCGAGCGAAGCACCAGUCGAUUGAGGCGGAGGUGGGCACUGCGUGCGAGGCUUACUUUUCUGCUGUUGAGGCCGAUGAGCGUGCACUGGAGCACCAGCUCGAACAAGAAUCGCAAAAAGCUGAGGCGGAGCGCCAGGCCGAGGGUGAUGAUGAAGACCACGACACGCGAAAGCUCAAAAAGCCCGAACGCAUGCGCAUGGUGACUAAAAACAAAGAGGAGGGCAACGAGCUCUUCCGCGACGGCAAUCACAAGCACGCGGCUGCGCGGUACGUGAAGGCCCUGGCCCACGCGUCCAAGUUCUUUGACCUCUCCGAGUCCGACACGAAGGAGGUGAACGCGAUCAAGCUGAGCUUGUAUCUGAACCUCGCGCAGUGCUACCUCAAGAUGGAGAACUACACGAAAGUCGUGGGAAACUGCAACGAAGCGUUGGCUCUCGAUGCUAAGAGCGUCAAAGCGCUCUACCGCCGCGCUGUGGCGUACGAAAAGGAAAACAAGCUGGAGCUUGCAGCCGAUGACGUCAAGGCCGCUCUGACGCUAGCACCGCAGGACCGUGUCGUCGCCAAGCUUGACGAGCGUCUAAAGGAACGUCUACGCCGCCAGCUCGACAAGGAAAAGAAGAUGUGGAGCAAGGCGUUUGCAUGA